AAUAUACAUAAAUACAUCGGCACAGGUACUUUACCCUGGCUUAUCCUUGAAUACAAUGGCAGACAAUGACGGAAGUCCAUCGCAUGAACGCACACUACAUGAGGAGAAGAAGCAAAUCGAAGAAGAGUUUUUCGAGGAGCAGGCGGCUCGCUCCGUUGCUGGGCAACAGAGAAGACGCGUAACAGUACAAACAAGAGCAGGCGAAUCGUUUGGUGUGAGCAUCUGUCGGUUUGGAGUAUCAUUUUACAUCACAGAGGUUUUAACGGGAACGAAGGCAUAUGCAGCCGGCCUGAGUGUAGGAGAUCGUAUCGACUGCGUGAAUGAAGAAACUGUGCAAGGGAGUGACAAUUACAACUCCGUUGAUAUAUUAGAGAUGUGCAAAAACUUCGACGAGAUUCGUUUAAUGGUUGCUGAGAAGCCCAUCACCCGUUUAUGGAGAGUGUACCAGGACCCUACGGUUACCCGGGCUGUGCGCAUGGACGACGACUUAGGUCGGCCUGUUGUACACCUCGCCGCCACGGACGCGAUGAACGAAAUGCAGCCAGGACUGACUAUAUUUGAGGUGAAUGGUCGCGAUGUUCUGCAUCUACAUGAUAAGGAUGUGAUCAAUUCUAUGGUGAAAGCGUUAGAGAAGCAGUUAAGGGUUGAUGUGUCGUUUGUACCGACAGUGUUCGCCAACGAAGUGGUGAAAGCAAGGGAAGCACGGAGAGAGCGAUAUAGACAACAGGGUGGAGUAUCACAUGCGACCGGUCAAGUUUCGCUAGCGGUUGGCUUACGAACCGGGACACCGACAGCUCAUGGGCCCCAAACGACAUACUCAAGUAAUGUAGCACCUGCAGUUCGUGCGCCUCCAGUUCAGACACCUCCGGCAAAUAAUUCUCAAAGUAACGCUUACUGAUAAGAUGCCGCAGCCAAAGUGUACAUGACGGCGAGAAGGAGAUUCGUGUGUAAUUAGAAUUGAGAUGGUAUACCGCCAAUGUUCAGAUUUUAUCUGAUAUACGGCGGCCGCAUUGAGUAUUUUGCUAUUUCCACACGGACCUCAUGUAUAGUCACUGGAUUGAUAUGAUUCUUUUAUCUGGCAAUGUUUUCCAGCAGCUUGGCUAUGAUGGUAGGAUCAAAAAGGCCAGAUCUGCAGGACUGUUCUCACCACAUUGCAUCUCCUUUUAUAGCAGAGCAUCAUCUACCUGGGCAUCGUAUAUUCGUGUGCAGGAGCAACAGUAUAGCCAUAGCGAGCGUUCAUCGUCAGUACCGGUUGAACAACCCGAUCCAGCACAGUCUAUCGUCAAGAUCUUUACGUAAUUUCAAAAUCUGACAGUAUGAUAGCUGGAUCCUCUUGUGAUGUCAGAGUUCUGUGUGAUCACUAAACCUUACAGUUCGAGUGCCAGUGGGUCUGUCAGUGAAUGUGUCGUAUGUGAACCAUGGACCGAUAUGAAUCCGUUCCGAAGCACUCGCAUACAAGGAAGCCAGGCUGGUGUGACGAACUAUUCGCCCCACAGUGUGACCGGAUUGCUACGAGGCUCGGAAAUUAAUUCUGUCAUAUGCAGCUAGGCUGCAACGUCCAUUGCCAUAAUGACGGCUGCUUAGUGAAUAUUGUUAACUGGGUUCAGCAAGCAUUUCACUAAACGCCCAAAGAGUAUCGGACUUGGAUGAAAUACAUAUACAAUGUCAACGUAAACAGGUCGUUUGUUAACGCAUCAUACAUUAGUGUUCACCCUAGUAGGACUUAAUAUGCGCUUCAUAAAAUAACCCAUUCGGUCGGAUCGCAGCCGAUGAUAAAUUAUGUUCAUAGCUCGUCACCUCGACAUAUUCAUUUACCUCAUGACCCUUUAAAUACUUGCAUCAGUUACAAGCCGUCAAUCUUGAAAUAGUGCUCAAGUUUCCAUCGUAUACUUUUAUACUACUAAUACAGAAAUGGUACGGGAUCUGGGUAAGUGUGAGUUCACGUUUCCUCUUCAUUAAAAUACCAUUGUGCUC